AUGCUAAAACCAAUUUCUACAACUCCGAUAAAAUUGCUUGAAAUCAAAACAGAAUUCUAUGAUUUGCUAAGAACGUCACUUUAUUUAGCAACCAGAAUUAACGAUAAUACAAAAAGAAAUAACUACAUAAAAUCCUUAAAUAAUAUUUACCAUCUUUAUCAAUCAGAAGGUGGAGCGAAAUAAGUCGACCAAAUGUAUUACUACCAAUCACAAUGCUACAAAAUUUUAAUGAAAAUGGAAAACAAUCACUUCAAUUUCGAAGGGCAAAGAAAUUUCACAUAAAAUUAAAGCAUCUAAAAUUUAAUUAAAAACAUUGAGGCAAGAUUUCUUUGGAUCCACUUUCCAAGCAUUGAAAAUGACGAAAUUAAGCUGGCUAACAAACAAAAAUACUCUGUUGAUUUCUUGGAUUCAAUAAUAGGAGAAGAAAAGUCUUCUCAUUCCACUUCUUAUUGA